AUGUCAGAAUUCGACACCCAGACCCCUGAUGUGGUUACGAUCGAGACCGAACGGCUUCAGCUGAAGACUGUGGUCAUGGAGGACCUGGAUGAUAUGCUGCCUAUCAUGACAGACCUGAGAGUUAUGCAGUGGUCUUCCAAGCCGCCGGUAGAGAAUGAGGAGCAGGCCACUCGCUGGAUGCGUACGAAAUGCUUUGGCAGAUCUACCGACCUCUUCAAUUUUGCCAUACGAGAGAAAGCCAUCGAUGGUACGCCGCAGAAAGUUGUGGGCAUCAUGGGCUUUUCUCAGGAACCGGGAACAGUUGGCUAUAUGAUGAACGCUGAUUACGCAGGCAGAGGAUMCGCAACAGAAGCUCUGAGGGCGCUCAUCCCGGCCUUCUUUGCUCGGACGCCCCCGGCUAGCGAAGGUGGGACCGGCGUUGACGCCGUGACGGCGUACAUAGACACGCGAAAUGCUGGCAGUCAACGAGUAUUGGAGAAAAGUGGAUUCACAAGGUGCGAGUACCUCACCGACCAGGGCAUACAUGUGCAGGACAAUCCUCACAAUAAGAUGAGUGAUUCUUGGGUGUAUCGAAUCGCGAGACCAGGAAAGACUCUCGAAGAACUUGGCCUCAUUCCUGGUCGGGAUGCAGAUGAGCCUCCAGAGCCGCCGGUGCAGUGA